GUGUCGGUGCGCCGUAAAACCCAAUAAAUAAAUAAAAUAAAUUUGUAAUCGAAGUUUUUUGUCAGAUUUAAAUGGGUUUAUUUUUCAGGUAAUGCACCCAAGGUAACAGAAUGUUCGCCUUCUUCGUGUAAUGGUCACAUGUGUUUACUUAACGACAACGGCACCUUUUUCUGCAACUGUUCUCUCGGAUGGUCCGGGCCCUUAUGCGAGAAUCCUCCAGAUAUGUGUGCAGGAAAUAUUUGCAUGAAUGGCGGUGUGUGCAAAAACCUUAAUAUAAGUUACACAUGCAGCUGUCGGUUAGGAUAUUCUGGAUCUCUGUGCCAAGUGUCUCCAGUUGAUGGAAAUUGGUCAGACUGGUCAAGGUGGUCGAAAUGCUCUGUUACAUGCGGUGUUGGUGUACGUUCACGAAACAGAUCAUGUGACAAUCCACCGAAAGAUAAAUAUGGCAAACUCUGUCAAGGAUCAUAUACUGAAAGUUCUGACUGCGAAAACGACAAAUGCGAAGAGUGUCCCGCUCUCAAGCACACAAAUGAAUCAUUAUCGUUUUAUGAAUGCAAGACUGACGCCGAUACGGGACUUAAAACAUGUGAAAUUUCUUGCAAAAAUGGAACAAUACCUGUUCUACGGUUAGAAGGAUUUCAGACACUAAGAUGUGGUCAUGAAACAAAUUAUUACUGGCUACCAGGAAAUGUGCAAGUUCCGUGCGUUGUUCCAAAGGUACCAGAAGUAUUUGAGCUUGAAACUGAAAUAACGUAUAACUCGAGCAUACCUAAAGAACAACAGCCUGAAGUUGAGGACCAAGUUAGGAAAAAUAUCAAUGAAACGAGUUGCAUUCAAUCAAGUCAUUGUAACACGACCAUGAAUUUUAUACCGAACCAAGUUGGUGAUUACACAGAAACAAAGUUGAUUUUAACCUUUCACAGAAACCUCGACUAUAUUCAAUUGGAUGUGAAUCCAUUAGUCCUCAAUGAAUUACAGAAGGUGUUUUCAGAUCUUAAAUCAACAGCAGAAUAUCUUAGGAAUUACACCGAAAAGGUCUUCAAUGUUAAUACUAGCGGACGCCUUAUACAAGCAGAUGAACCAUCACUUCAUCUACAAGGAUUUUUCAACUGCACGAAAGGACACAUUUAUGUAAAUGGAGUUUGCGUUGGAUGUCCAGAUAGUACUUCCAAGAAAAGCCACAGGUGUGAAUUCUGUCCAAAAGGAAUUUUUCAAAUGUUAAGAGGGCAAACAGCAUGUAUUAAUUGUCCGCUAGCGCUAGGUCAAACAACUCGUACUCCUGAAUCUUUUGAUGAAGGGCAAUGUUUCGAGUACAUAUCUGAAGUCACUGACGAAACAGGCUCGAACUCGGAGUCAUCUCUUUCAGAAACAUACAUUGCAGUCAUAAUAUCUUCAUUAGUUACUGUAUUUGUUGGGGUCCCCGGAUUUGUAGGUUGCGUCUGGAAGAUAAAGAAGAUAAAGAGGAAAAAGAGAAAAGAAGAGGAGGCGGACAAUGGGAUACCGAUGCCAGAUGUUUCAGAGGAAAAUGGUGAAAGAAGAGGAGCUGAAAAUUUGGAAAAUAAUGGAAGUACAGAAGAUGUAAAUUGGGAAAAUAAUGGACGUACAGAAGAUGAAAAUUGGUUUCAAAGACUACUGACCACUAUAUCAAGUCCUGCUGGGUGGAUACAUAAGCUCAUUUAGAAAACGAUGUGCUGGACAUUGAUCAGUAAAAAUUGACAACUAUAGCACGCUCGACUACUCGACAACUCCUAAGUUAAACAAGGACCAUGGCUGGGCAAGAUUUGCGAAGCCGUCUUUCAAACUAUUACAAUUUAAUACAAAUCAAUUUUAUUAUGGUAAUGACAACAACCUGUAUACAAAACUUCAGCUAAAUUUUCUAGGUCAGGUAAGGGACAUAUCUUGAAUAAGUUUCUACAACGUUGAUGGACUGAAAUCAUUAGUUAUCAUCGUAAGAGUUCUUCAACAGCAAUCUUCUUUUUAAAGUACAAUAUAAUCUCUAUUUCCAUCUUGGUUAUUUCUGUUGAUUUGACGUACAUUUACUAAAGAUACGAUCGUUUUUUUAACAAAAUAAGGCUUGUCGGCAGUCGAGUUGAAUUUGCUGCAAGAACAUAAUAUUUUUAGAAGAAUACGUAACAUCAACAUUUUGAAAUCCCACGUUACGGUAUAUUAUGAGAUUAAUAAAAUCGAGACAAUGCUGAAGGCUCAUAUUUGAAAGGUGGCCGCCACCUUUUACGCCAUAAUUAAUACAAAACUAUUAUCAUGUUGUUAUAUCUUAUUUUCGAUAAAUAUUUUCUCUUAAAUUAGGCUUGAAUUUUGAUGGAUAUAGUAGAAAGUUCAUUUGAAUUUAUUGCUUUGGGUUACAUCGCUAUAUGGCUCUAACGGUAAACGUUCAUGUACAGUAUUUACAGUAGCACUUAUCUAACCAUGUAAUUGUGCAUAUCAUCUACUUUAACAGCUAUUUCAUUUAUUGCAACAUAAUCUAAAGCCUUAUGGAACUUUAAAACCAUAAAGGUGUGAUUUAUUAACAAUAUAGACUAUUGAUGAAAACUGGUGUUUUUGUGUAAAGGUGCAUGUCAUCAUGUUUAAAACUGUGGCAACUAAACCCUCCAACCAACCUUCAAAUUCUUUCUUCAUAAAUCUUUUAUAUGCGGCGUUUGUAAAAACCGUAAUGUUUAGAUUGAAAAAUAUAAUGUUCAGCAUGAAACUGCGAAAUAUUUUUUCUGUUUGACACAGAAACAGUGAUAUCCAGUCGUGAUUAUGAUUCUUUACAAGUUAGCUAAUCGUACAUUUUCUUAAGGGAAAGACAAAAUAAGAAGCCUUCUCCAUUUCAUUUUAAUUGUAUAUCCAGUCGUGAUUAUGAUUCUUUACAAGUUAGCUAAUCGUACAUUUUCUUAAGGGAAAGACAAAAUAAGAAGCUUUCUCCAUUUCAUUUUAAGUGUAUUUCUGAAGACCUAUCCUGUCUACCUUACUUGUCCAUAUAAUUUUUUACACCUCUUCAACAUGGAUGUAUGAAUAUAUUUGCCCUUUACAUGUAUAUUGAACAAAAAGCAUAGUGACACCCACAUUAUUGCCAAAUACAGAUAUUUUGUUCCCUAGCUCUUUUACACGUAUUUUGUGAUAUUUAUAAUUUGUAUUGUCUCCUUAACUUUCCAUGUCAAUUAGAGGUAAGGUUAUCUUAGUAUCUAUGUAAAGUAUAUCAAUGAGUAACAUAUAUCUUAAUAGAUAGUUUAAGUGUUAUUUUGUAAUAAAUAUUAACUUAUUUCUUUGCGAAUGUCCUAUUAACACUUAAUACAUGAACUGUGAAAUCUUUUAAUUUCAUGGGCAUGAAAUAUUAUGGUUUUGGUCAAAACGGCAAUUUCGUGGGGAUAUGAAUUCGUGGAUUUCAAAUUUUUAACAUAACAUGAAUGUGAAUUUUACUCGUUUGAUAGGAUUAGAUUUCGUGGAUUGACUCAACCACGAAAUCCACGAAAAUUAGUCCACCACGAAUAUCAAUUAUUUCACAGUUUAUGCUUUGUUUUUGUAGGUCGGAUAAUACUAUAUCUAUAGGUUAAUAGCUUUGUAUCGGGAAAUAUGCACGAGUUCUUCAGUGGAAAUACUGCGCGACUUUAGGAGCGCAAUAUUCUCCCGCUGAAGAACGAGUAUUAUGUAUAUUAUGUAAAUAUUAUAAAUAUGUUCAAUAGCCUGAAUAGGAUUGACAAUACUGAACUAAAUAGAAAAAAUAGUGCAACAACACACACGGAAUUACGUCACGCACCCGAUAUGAAAUUCGGACGUCAGUGUAUGGAAAAAUAUUGACGUUUCCGGUACCAGUGUAACUUAACGGGGAAUAGAAACGAGUAUGUAAUAAUAGGGAAAACAUGCAUCUACGCUUAUCUAAAACAUAUUUGUACUUGUAUCUGCUAAUGUCUAAAGAAGUAUAUUUAAUUUAUGUGAAAUGCAAACUUUCAGAUGAUUCAGUCUGAAAAAAAAACAUGCAUUUACUUUUAUCAAAUGAAAUUAUGUGUGUACGUUGUUGACAUUCUGUUGUUGUUGUUGCUGUAGUAAUUGUUGUAGUCUUCUUUUUAUUCAAUACUUUUAUGAUACCGUGAUAUCACAGAAUCAUGUAUUGCUUAAUAUCAUAUACAGAGCAAAGACAUGCAAUAAUAUUUCAGUAAUACGACAGAAACAAGCAAGUAUCAACUAUUUUGAUAUGUUUUCAGGGAAUAUCAAUUAAUUGAAAAUUAUCUGAAAGAUACAAGUAUGUUUUGAUAUACAAUGGUACAGAAAAAUGGUUUGAAUGUGUAGUGCAGUCCUCACAUAAUAAAAGAAGUUACAGUGUUCAUUAUUGAUUCUUUAUCGGUUCUGCCUAUCUUAAAUGCUUAUAAGUUUCAUCUGGAUUUAGCGUUUUAAGUUAAAACUAUCAGUCUGUUCACGUCUAUUCAUAUUACAAUUAAUAUAUUUUAAGUAACUAGUAAUGCAAAACAGAAAGCAAACAGAUGUACCUUGUGUGCAUGUUAGUUUUGUUGUUGUUUAUUUGUAUGACUUGUUUUUCUUUAUUUAGUUAUUUUGCAAUACUCAUAUUCUUAAAAUAUAGUGCCUAAAAGUAUCUUAUUAAAAUAUGUAGUUAUCUAGUUUUCUUUAUCUUACGUUUGAUUGUAUGAUGAGCUUCAGUGGUUUUUAUGAACUACAUUUGAAUUAUUUUAGAAAUGUAAAUAAAUACUGUACCUACAUCUGAAUUUUUUUUAGAAAUGUAUGUAAAUAAUGUCAUAUUUUUUUAACCUAUAUCUGAUUUUUUUUAGAAAUGUAUGUAAAUAAUAUAAUAUUUUUUCUAAUCUAUACCUGACUUUUUAGAAAUGUAUGAAAAUAAUAUCAUAUUUUUUUCUAACGUAUAUUUGAUAUAUUUUUUAAAUGUAUGUAAAUAAUAUCAUAUUUUUCUAACCUAUACCUGAUUUCUUAGAAAUGUAUGUAAAUAAUAUCAUAUUUUUCUAACCCAUACAUCGUACGUAUGAAAGCAGUUACUAAAAGUAUAUUAUCAUGAAAAUGCAUCAGAAUGUACAUCUUUGCCAGGGGCGGAUCAAGGAUUUUUCCAGGGGAGGUCCAGAUGGGGGAAGGUGUCUGAGGGGGUGUCUUCCUCCUGCUGGUUGGGGUAUGGGGGCCUCCCCCGGAAAACUUUUGUUUAUCGGGGUCAACGGAGAGCGACAUUUGAGCGUCUAAGAGUAAAAACAAAUCAAGAAUCUGAAUCCCUUAAAAAAUGUAAUCUUCACUUUGAAAGUUAAAAAUCCAUUAUUAUUUUACAAAUUUUCCCAUGAAAACGAGCAUAGUGGGUGUACAAGGAUGAAAAAAUAAUACCAUUUUAAAUCACCGUUAGAUAUAGGGGUGUUCCGUUCCAGGCAAGUUCAUUUAUCCUUGAAUUGAAUUUACGAUACACAGCAAGUUAUGUUUGGAUUUUCGGUGCCACGGCACGUUAUAAUAUGAGUUUUGUACUGUUUGUUCAACUGUGAGAGUGCAGCUUUAACAGUUUUCACCAUUAACUUUGAAAAUUCUGUACAUGUCCCCCCCCCCCCCCCCCCCCACACACACAC